UCAGCUGUUCAACACAACUUUGCUCGUCGAGCUCUGCCACCUCAGCCAGAUCGUUUUUCCAAAUCAUUUGUCGAGUAACUGUUUCACUUCGAGUGCCGUGCUGUGUAAUCCGAUAAACGCGAAAACCAAUUGACACACCUUGACUUGUAAUGUCGAUGCAGGUACACCGUUCGUAUACAAACGAGUGUCGCCCCAAUCUAUCCAAACCACCAAAAUCGCAGGAGUCGCAUAAGUUCCUGUACGAUUGCUAAAGCAAGACCAAGAUCGCGACAAGGCCGAUAACUACAUAUUCGCCAAGCCGAACUCUAUUAAAGAUAGCCAUUGAGCUUUCCAUCUGUAUUGCGUUUAUAACCACGCUUCAACACGCCCCAAAGUAGGCCAGCGACUUCACGCAUUUGCGUUCUAAAAAAGCACUCAAGAUUCCGCCGACACUGAGCUGUACGAUCACCAAAACGGCAUCCCUUGCUGGACCUAUGUCAGUGCUAAGCCAUUUGCUGCUGAAUUUCAAUCAGAAAACUCAAACUAGAAGUCAUCAUAAUUUAGAGCUGAUAAACUCCUUCAUAACAUAACAACGAGCUGUUGCGCCUCAGCUCACGAACGACAGGACCAAGAGACGCGACCGCCUAAUUUAUAAUCAACGUUAAGGAGAAAUUCGCAAACAUUUUUUACCGGAAGAGAAAAAAGAAAUUAAAUCAAAAGAAAAUGAACUUAAAUCUGUGCACUAUAGUGCUGCUGCUCUUCGGCAGUCUCUCGUGCGCCCACAGCCGAGCGAUUGACGUCGUUGACGAAAGCAACGAUGUGGACAACUCUAUCGAAGCGGAGGAAAAGCCGCGUUCGCGACCCUUCGAGUCUGACUGGCUCAAAUUUACCAAGACGCCACCCGUCAAAGUUUUACAGACCCCGGGCGCCACCAUCGAAAUAGCUUGUGAAAUGAUGGGCUCCCCACUGCCCACUGUUCAGUGGGUUGUCGGCCACAUGCCGUUAUCUGAGAUUGAGAGCAUGGAGUCCAAUGUAUUGUCCGAGAAUGCGCCAAGUACCAUUGUGCGCGUACGUUCCGUGCACGUUAUCGAUCAUAUGUUGAGCGAGCCAAGAACUUACACCUGCGUUGGCCGCACUGGAUCGAAAACUGUCUAUGCCAGCACUGUUGUCUACCCCUCGCAGUCCGACAUUGGCGACUUGGGUCUGGUGCGCGAGAAGCCCUAUCCAGGUCCCCAGAAGCCGCGCAUUGUCUAUACCGAGAAAACACAUCUGGAUCUGAUCGGCUCGAACGUGUUAUUGCCAUGCAAAGUACAUGCCCGUCCCCGUGCCGAGAUCACCUGGCUAAACAACGAUGGCAAGGUUAUUGACCAAAGCCAACGCUUCAAAGUGCUUCCUACGGGAGAUUUGUUCAUCUCCGAGCUAAAAUGGAACGACAUGGGCAACUACAAGUGCACGGCACGCAGCUCAGCUGGCCGAGACUCUGCCGAGACCUUCGUUUAUCCCGUACUUAAGGAAGAGGACUAAAGAUUUUACAAAAGCUAUUGAAUUCAAAGAGAACGCUAAGUAGCUAGUUAGAUAGAUCAAAUGCCUUCGAAGAUGCGUGAACACAAAAAAAGUAUACUAAGAAAAAACUACAAAAAGCACAAAA